AUGGCUUCCAACCCUCCCAAGCGGAAGCCCUCAGGUCCCCCGGGAUCAUCUAAGGGAUCAAACAAGCGCGCAAAAACCUACGAUGCGCGUACGUUAGCCGUGCAGUCGGCCGACGCCGCACUAUCAGCAACCGGCGAGCUCGAUGUCGCGGCCUACUCUGCAGCUCGUGCAUUUGAGAUACAGGCUCUGGAGGAGGGAAUGAAACGGUCCAAAAAUGCACUCACAACACGAGCUUUUCAAAAGGUGCCCCGCUCGCUCCGACGGCGUACAGCGAGUCAUAAUGUGAAGCGCGUUCCGCGGAGGUUGAGAGCUCGAGCCCAGCGAGAGAUGGCCGAGGACAAGACGCCAACUGUGACCGCGCGCAGACGCAAGCCAUCCCAGAUCAUGCGCAUUCGCCUUGAUACCGCUCGAAGACUGCAAGCCCUGAACGCGAAAUCGAAAGCCCGGCGGGCAGCUGCGAAGACUAAACAAAACAAAGAGGACGAGACGAAGUUGAAAGAAAGCGGAAGUCAUAUGUUCAACAUCGCACCGCGAAUCCCCAAGAUCAAGAAGAACAAAUUGUCGAGGCCCAUGCCCGCGGAGCCCAAAUUUCGCAAACGUCAAAAGUGCAAGACUUGGCUGCCGACGCAUUUGUACCAUGCAAAGCGAGCCCACAUGGCGACCACCAAGGACCCCAUUUGGCGUUUUGCGAUUCCCUUGUCUCCCACCCAGAAGAGCUAUCGACCUACUCACCGAGCCCGAGGCGCGAGGGGUGCAAUUGCGUGGGACAAGAGUUUUAUGUCUACUAUUCAGCUAGAGGGCGCGGAGGAGGCUAUCCAGGCCGUUCUCACGGCAGUGGGUGUUGAGGGAGAUGUUGCUUGGGGCACGAAAGGAAAGAAAUGGAGAGCGGGUACCCGAUCUCUCCAGGCCUGGACCUUUGAAAAGGAACACCGCGUACGUCCAUGUGCGCCAGUCACCUUGAUAUGGUGCGCCAAGCAACAGGAUGUCGAGAUGGUCGAUGCGGAUCAAUCUCAUUCCAAAUCAUCAAAGAAGGAUUACCGAAAGCUUUGGAUCCGAGUCCACCCUUCAGCAUUUCUUCAGCUGUGGGCGGAUGUCCUUGAUAUAUCUAAAAAGCAGAACCCUCCUGUUAUGGUUGAGGACCUGCGAUUCGACAUUGGUAGUAUUGAAAUUUCCGGGCCUGGGUCCACUGAGGCCUUGUUGGCAACCCUGAAGCCAAUUCUUGGGUCUGACUCUAAUGAACUCCCCGCACAAAGCCCAGAGGCAGUUUGGCCUUCUCUUCUUGGCGUUUCGAAUCCUUCUUCGUUGCCCAAAAACGCUCUACUCUCUUUUGCAGUCUCCGAUCCUCGCCUGCACUUCCCACCACGCACACUUCGCGUUCCUAACGAUGACGAACACAUGAACGAUCUUGCAGUUCUACUUUCUGCUUGGAGCCCAGACAAGACACAAGGUCCAUCUGCGUUGUUCAAUAGAUCUACUCGACUCACUGCGGCUCGUCAGCUCCCAAGCCAGCAAGCUAUAAACCGUCGUCGCACCCUUGCUGGGCCUGGUAACUACCCACCUGCCCAGCCAUCUGACCCUCAAAUUCCUAUCAUGAUACUGGCAAACAAGCCACAGUCUCAGACCAAGCGUAGCAACGCGCCGGGCUCUUGGACUAUUAUGUUACCCUGGAAAUGUGUCGUGCCAGUUUGGUACUCGCUCAUGUUCUACCCACUAUCUACUGGAGGGAAUCCAUUGCUUGGUGGACUGAAGCAAGAACAGCAGCUUUCUUUCGAGGCUGGUGAAGCUUGGUUCCCUGGAGACUUUCCAGGAACGCGAGCUGGCUGGGCUUGGGGUGAACGAGAGACCAAAAAAGCUCGAGAUGACUGGGAGCGGCGCCCCAAAGGACGUCGUUCUGAGUUUGAUACCCUGUCCCUCGGCGAAGGCCACCCAAAGGGAGAGAUCGGCCACGGCUGGGCUUGUGACUGGGAGCGAUUGCUUCAAGGGCCGCCCUCAAAGGAUGUGCCACCUCAAAAUGCUGAUGCCAAUAAUGAAAUCCAGCCUAAGAAGCAGGCGGAUAAGUCCAAAGAGACGGGAGCAGAAGACGCAUCCAGACUCGCUGUUCCACCGCUCAAUAUCCAUAAUAUCCGCUACCCCCAGGCUGAUACCUGUCAAACCUUGAGCAGGCUUGACAAAGCAUCCGUGGAUGCCUCCGCUCUUGCCACUAUCGUCAUAUCCCUCACAACUCGGGGAACACCCACGCCUCGUGCGCGCAUUUACCGACUCCCCACAGAACCAGCUUUGCGUGAAAAAUGGCUUAAAAUUGCCUCAAAACAUCCCAAAAAGUCUACCCAGCCGCAUGGCUCAAAGGAGAAGCCUUCAGUUGCCUCCGACGAGGCUCGACGCCUGCUUGCAGAGUCUCUGGUGACGUCUAACUCUGAAGACUCUGACGCUGAACAAUUGGAAGUGCCCACUGAAGAUGACCUGAUCGGCUUUGUCACCACAGGAAACUAUAAUCUCUCCGAGGGACAAGGCACAGGCAUUGGGUCUAUUCAACUUUUAAAGGUUUUGGCCUCGGAAUCGAAGUCUUCGGAGAAGCGAAUGUGUAUCAUCCGGACCGCUGGUGAAAAGCACGGCCGAUUGGGCACGUGGGAUUUUGUAUGA